AUGAAGUAUUGGGUGCUUCUGUCGUUGGCGCUGGCUAAUUUGGUUAGGACACCUUCUCCCGUGGUGAGAGUGGGGAGCGGUUUGGUGAGGGGUCUAGUCAGUGAUGACGGCAGGGUCUACAAGUACCUAGGAGUGCCGUACGCGACAGUGGACAAGACCAAUCGAUUUCAGUCGGUCAAUGAUUUACUUAGGGCAAUAAAAUAUACUAAGAUCAAAAAUCUUAUAACCUCAGACAUGUUAUUUGUGCCUUGCGUUGAAAAAAUCAUACCGGGUGUGACACCUGCAGUUCCCGAAUACCCUGUGAAUGCUAUAAAAUCUGGAAAUUACUUCAAAAUACCAAUGAUCAUAGGCAAUACUGAUCUUGAAGGUAUUUAUUUUGUCGGAUCCACCUACGGAACCAGUUUAAAGAACAUGAAAGAACAGGUGAAUCCAUAUGAUCUCUUCUUUGACGAUUUGCAAUAUCCAUCGAAGGAAGUUCAGAAUGCUACUAUGUCUGAUAUUUUUCAAUAUUAUUUUUCAUCCAACAAAUCGGAUUUGAUAAUGGAGUUAGUGGAUUUUUUUUCGGAUCUUCAUAUAAAAUAUCCGAUAGCUGUCGAAUCUAGCCUGUACUCUGAAACCACCGACCAGCCCAUAUACUACUACGUCUUUAAAUAUGGUGGACUCCUUAAUAUGGCCAAAUUUAUAUCUGGCUUUUUUAUAAAAGACGGAGCUUCGCACGCCGACGAUCUCAUGUAUCUUUUCAAACCAAGCUCAUUUCCCUUACCAAUGAGAUAUUUUGAAAUGGAUAUGAUGAAGCGAAUGGUGUCACUUUGGACGAACUUCGCGAAACACGGUGACCCCACACCGAAGCCGACGAAACUCCUUCCAAUACGUUGGAGGCCGAGUAAGUCAUCUAAUCCCGUAGCACUUGUCAUUGACAAAAGUUUCAGCUCCGCUCCUAUGUGGAAGGAAGAGACGAUUGCAUUGUGGAACAACACUUAUACGAAAUACAGAAGAAAAAGAUAUGGGUUUCAUUGA